AUCAACUUAUCAACUUAUCAACUUAUCAACUUAUCAACUUAUCAACUUAUCAUAAGUUAUGUAAUCACAAGAUCGCGGAGCGUCAUAGCUCCAAUUGUCCGAUCACAGCUUCCCAAUAAUAACUCGAACCUUGCGCGGAAGUUGUACUUCUUCUAGUAACCGGAAUCUUGGGUCCAACAUCAAAGUUUAUUUUAACAGCAACUCUUGAACAUCUUUCUUCCCUUAAUUUUUCUGAACAUUAUGAAUUGUCAAAAGUUCCUCUGGCGGGCGGCGACGAAGACGGCAGGAUGCGGUACUCGUCGCUUCUCACAGUUCCUCCCUCCGAAUCCUAUCCAAGCUCCUCAAGGAGCUAUUCCCUUACCCUUUAUCACAGAAGUUACUUCCGGUGGUUGGAGGACAUACGAUAUCUUCUCUAAGUUGUUACAAGAACGAAUAAUAUGCCUGAAUGGGGCUAUUGACGACAUGGUAUCGGCUUCGGUAGUGGCUCAACUACUCUGGUUAGAAUCCGAUAAUCCGGACAAGCCAAUUACCAUGUAUAUCCACUCUCCUGGAGGCUCCGUAACGGCUGGGUUGUCUAUCUACGAUACCAUGGCUUACAUCCGUUCACCGGUAUCGACGGUAUGCCUUGGCCAAGCUGCUUCUAUGGGCUCGUUGCUGCUCGCGGGGGGCGAAAAGGGAAAGCGAUUUGCCCUACCGCAUAGCAGUAUCAUGAUCCACCAACCUUUAGGCGGGACACAGGGUCCCGCAAGCGAUAUUUUGAUUUAUGCAAAUCAGAUACAACGCACGCGCGAGCAGGUCAACGAGAUUUACCGGAAGCAUCUAAAUGCGGCAUUUGAUCACGAGAAGUACAGUCUUAAAGAUGUAGAGGAUAUGAUGGAGCGCGACAAGUACCUUACGGCGCAAGAAGCGAAAGACAUGGGCAUCGUGGACGAGAUUCUCACGAGAAGAGAUGACAAAAAGGGCGAAGAAAAAAGAGGAUAGUAACGGCACAUAAAAGACCCACUCAACUCGAGUCCCGCCAUGAUUGAUCAAUAGGUAGAUUAGAUUAUUAUUAUUUUCUGACUAUUGCUGACGAGUACGAACUCGGGACCCUCGUUAGGACUAGGGAGCCCCUGGCUUUUCUUGACAUGUCGGCAAUUUUGGUGUCGCCCUACCGGAGGAGUAAAGAAGACUAGCUGUUACAAUUACUUGAGCGGGUUCGCAGACAUGGCGCUAUGCAUUCAUGCGCUCAUAUACCGAGGGAAAUGAAUGCAUGUGCUAAUCUCAUCUAUAUAGAUGUACCUAAUCUUGGGAACAUCCAGACCACGUGGCCCACUUCCAGACAUGUAAUGCUGCACAACCGCACCGCAAGCAUACAUAAUACAUAACGCACGCGUA